UUUGAUUGAGAUAGGGCAAUUACAGCGGCUACACGACCAGCGGCCAACCUGGAUUUUAGUCGUUAAACCCUAAUAAUAAGAACAAGAAGCCCCGAAAUUUCUUUGCAUUUUUUACCCUUAGCAAUGGGCUCCAAAAAUGCAGAUUAUCACAAUAAGAAGAGGAAGAAUAAACCAAAUAGAGAUUUAGAUGCUGAAGAAAACCACCAUGAAGGAGGCGGGGCCGGAAGUGGUGGCGGAGGAAGGAAGGUUAUCGCUGACCCUCGAUUCGUAUCUGUGCACUACGACCCUCGGUUUCAGAAAGUUUCAAUGCUCAAAUCGAAAGUCGCGAUCGAUUCUCGCUUCAGCCGCAUGUUCACCGAUAAAAACUUUCAGUCAUCUGCUGCGCCGUUAGACAAGCGAGGUAAGGUCAAGAAGAAUAAAACGGAAAAUGCUUUGCGCCAUUAUUACCGAAUCGAAGAAGAAGAAAGAAAAGAGGUGGACAAGGAUAAGAAGCACGUGAGCUAUGAGGAGGACGACAGUGAAGAGGAAGUGGAAGAUGAGAGUGAGAGUGAGGAAUUAGGGAAAUUGGGUCGAGCGGCUGCAGCGGCGGCUGAGGAGGAGGAGGAGGAAGAGGCAGAUGAAAAAGAGCUAAGUAGUCAGUCGGAGGCGUCGGAAUCCGAAGAUGACGAGGAGUCGACUACUGAUGAAGAGGAUGAGGAGAUGUUUUACGAGGAAGAUGUGCCCGAGGUAGAGGUGGAAAAUAUACCAACAAUUGAAGAUGGAACCCGCAGGCUUGCGGUUGUUAAUAUGGACUGGAGGCAUGUAAGGGCUGGUGACUUGUAUGUGGUAUUAUCCUCAUUUCUUCCAAAAAGAGGAGCUAUUAAGUCGGUGGCUGUCUAUCCAUCUGAAUUUGGUCUAGAGCGUAUGAAAGAGGAAGAACUUCAUGGCCCUGUUGGCUUAUUUGACAAUGAGAAUGAGAAAAAAGAUGAUGACAGUGGUGAUGAUGAGAUUGAUGAGGAGAAGUUGCGUGCUUACGAGAAAAGUAGGCUGAGGUAUUUCUAUGCUGUAGUGGAAUGUGAUUCUAUUGCAACAGCAGAACACUUGUACAAAGCUUGCGAUGGAGUUGAGUUUGAAAGAUCUUCCAAUGUGCUUGAUCUUAGAUUUGUGCCCGACUCUAUGGAAUUUAAACAUCCGCCUCGUGACAUUGCUGAAGAGGCACCCACGAAUUAUGAUGGAUUGGACUUCCAUACCAAAGCACUGCAGCACAGUAAUAUUGCUAUUUCUUGGGAUGAAGAUGAACCACAACGUGUAAAGACCUUGAAACGAAAAUUUAAUGCUGAUCAGCUGGCUGAUUUGGAGUUGAAGGAGUUCUUAGCUUCUGAUGAGAGUGAAAGUGAUGAAGAUGAAAAUGAUGAUGUUGCAGAGGGUGAAGUGGAUAAGAAGAUUAAAAAACGAGAUAAAUAUCGUGCUUUAAUCGAGGCUGGUGAUGGUUCAGAUGGGGAAAAUGAAGAGGAAGGCCAGGAUAUGGAAAUUACUUUUCACACUGGCUUAGAAGGUUUAAGCAAGCGUCUUCUGGAAAGAAAGGAUAAGAAAUCAGAAAGCGUUUGGGAAGCAACUCUCAGGGAAAAACGUGAGAAGAAGGCGGCUCGAAGAAAGAGAUCUAAGCAUUCAUCUGAGGAGGAUAGUAGCGAUAGUGAUGAUGAAAUGAGAGAAGAAGCGGAUGACUUCUUUGUUGAAGAACCUUCAAUUAAAAAAGGAAAGAAGGAUGCUCAAGUGAAGAGCAAAAAGGAAGUAAAGCAACUCCAGGAUACAGAUAAGGAAGCAGAAGCAAGUAGAGCAGAGCUUGAGUUGUUACUAGCUGAUGAGAACGGGGCUGAUACUGGUCCAAAGGGAUAUAAUAUGAAACGUAAAAAGGCAAAGGGUAAAAGAAAAAAGGAAGUUCCAGAUGAGAACAAAAUACCAACGGUUGAUUAUGAUGAUCGGUUUUCAGCUCUCUUCACUUCACCUCUCUAUGCAUUGGAUCCUACAGAUCCACAGUUCAAAAGAUCUGCAGCUUAUGCUAGACAGAUGGCACAGAAGCAGCGAAAGGGUGACCUUCGAGAACUAGGAGGAGAACAUGAGAAACAAGCCACAAAAUCUGAAGCUCAAUCUGAUGAACCAGACAAGAAGAAAACUGAGAAUGCUGAUGUUUUACCAUCAAAUAAAGAAAAGCUUGAGAUAUCAUCGUUGGUAAAAUCCCUGAAGAUGAAAUCCAAGCAACUUUCAGUGCCUUCUAAUAGCAAGAAAAAGAAAAAUGGAAAAUUGCAAACUAGAGAUGCAAAAGAAAUGGGUAAUCAUGAACUCUCGGCCUUGGUUCAAUCAGUGAAGAAGAAAGCGAAAGUCAUGCAAAAAUGAAACAAAAAAAAAUAAUAAUAAUAAUAAUUUCCUAAUAUCUAAUUACUGCAAAAGAGCAGAGUUUUGGAGGCAGAGGCAUUACUAAAACAGCAAAAUCUUCAAUCGAAAAACUUUUCUGCAACAAGAGGGACUUGUCGCUGGUCUUUGGAGUUGGUAGUUAAGAGUUUUGAUGGUUGUAAGUUUUUCAAUGUGCAUUUGUAGUCAAAUAAGGAGCCAUAGGUACAAAUUUUGUCCUGAGAUAAAUUAUACAAUGAAACUUAAAAGGCCAUUUGUGUUUGUCACAUUAUAAUUUCUUAUAGCCAGUUAAUGAUGCCUGGUAACGAGUCAACAAUUUGAUGGA